AGCAGAAGCUGUGCUGGAUCGAAUGAUUGACCUAUUCAAUAGUGGUACCCUCCCUGUACAACCAAAUUCAAUCAGCUACAACUCAGUCAUCAAUGCUUUUGCCCAGUGUGGACUCGGUCAUGAUGCAGAGAGGUUAUUCCAAUGCAUGGUUCAAGACUAUGAUGGCGGGGACACAUCAGCAAAACCAGACAUCAUUACCUUCAAUGUCUUGCUCAAGUCAUAUUCCAAAUCUGAUGUUUUAAAUCCUGGGGCAAAGGCUGAUGCAGCACUGAAGUUGAUGAUGGAUCAUUUCAAGUUGGAGCCAAAUGCUGCAUUAUUAAUCUCAGCCAAAAUUUGCUGGCGAAAAGAUUUGACGCAUCCAAAUACAAAAAAACGACUGUCUGAGUUGCAAGCAGCAAUAGAGAGGAUUGGCAAACCCAAUGGCAAGAGCAAACGGAGAGGUCAGAGAAGAUCUGGCAAGAAGCAUUAGAGCAGGCUACCAGUAGCUAGCUGCUUGCGGUGCGGGUGGCCCAACAAAAUGCACCUGUAUUGAAUUCUUGCACAACACGAGCGGUGUGGAGUGACUCGACUCGACUCGACUCGUACUAGUACCAGGUACAGUGUACCUGGUACCACUUCCACCCGUCGGCAAGGUUUAAAAAGUGUCAAGUGAGCGCCCUAACUGACGUCAGAAUCCGGACCUUUGUAGUCUUGAUGAUCGCAUGCAUCUUCAUGUACCAGGUACCGGUCUGUGGGUGUCAACGAGUGAGGGUUGUACACUACUAGUACGAUGUAGCUAGCUAGUAUCAUUGUAUCUUCCCCUCCGAGUGCUGAUUCGAAGUUCCUCAAGUUGGCUCAUUCCUUUGCCUGUUGAUACCAUGACAACGCAAGUAAUACCCGUAUCAUCUCGGUUAGCAUCCGUGGCUCUUUUAGUUCUUGCUGCGUUUGUUGUAGGCACACAAGCUGCAUUUGUCUCGAACCAUGACAACCAUCGUUUCUUCUCUGUCACAAGACAGCAUACCAGUCGUCAUGCUACCACUGCAGCUGCUCCUCCUGGCACAAAACCAAAACUUCCGGGAGCGGCUAUGGAUGCUCAAGAAGACUUGAAACUGACCCGCAAAGUGAUUAUGGACUUUAUCAAGAAGCAAGAUAGUGCUGGAACUGUAACAAAGGAUGCCGCCAAAGCAGCCGACAAGGUUGUGGCAAUACCAGAACCAGAAGCCCCUCCAACUGAGAUUGAGCCAAAGGUUGACGAAGAAGAAACGCCGAGUCUUUUCGAAUCUUUAGAAGAAGCUGCACUUGUUGUGACUCCAACAACAACCAAGGAGACGGCAGCUCCAGUGGAAGUUGACCGAGAAUUCCAAUUCGUCUACGAUGAGUGGAAGGGAUUCACAUCUGGAAGAGGAGGACGGGAAUCCAAUACCGUCCAAAGACCCACAAUUUCCUGUGAUAGUCUCAUUCCAGGAUGUGAUCUGACAUUGUCGAAUUGGAACGGCAAUGCCGAUACACCCGCAGAGCUGUAUGCCGAUACGUCGACCGAAAUGGCAUUGAAACUUGCCACUAGUCAACAAUAUGCAAAAGAUACCAGCAAUGCCCUCGUGCUCAGCAAUCAUUAUGAUACCGGUGGUGUGUUGAGCGCGUUUGCUUGCCUGUAUCCAAAGCUGGCAAUCGAAAAAUACUCUCAACUACUGGUAGAUGGUGCCCAAGCGGGGGAUUUUCUAGAAUGGAGCAGUGAUGAAGGCAUCAAGCUGCACUGUGUCAUUACCGAAGGGGGGCGGAAAGCCUAUGGGGAAGGUGUGGCAUUUGUCACCAUCUUGCAAGACGACGCUCUCAUUCAGCUAUUGGACGACAUGUUGGCCACGGGCGGCAAGAGUCCAGAAUACUUUAACAUGUGGUCCAAAACCUUUGCCGAAGCCACCACCAGUUACGACAAUUUGGUACAGGAAAAGGCCAAACUGGACUUUUUUCACGAUGACUCCAUUGUGACAAUCUCCCGAUCAUGGUUCGUUCCGCCCGUUUCACCCUUUGCUCUUCAUCGAUACCUCAAAGAACAAGGACGAUACGAUAAAGUGAAACGAAUCAUUCAGGUCCUGACGGAUGCCAGGGGCGCUCGCUUUACCUAUCAGAAACCGGGUCACGGAUGGGUGCCAGAUCCACUCGUCGAUCGACCCACGAUACCGACAGUGGAUGCGGCAGCUUUGGUGGAAAAGCUAAACGGCAAGUUUGAAGAAGGCGAGUGGAAGGAAACAGGAUUGCCGGAAAAAGAUGACGAGGAAGGCGAGGACGAAAUCAGCCAGAAUGUUGGUCGCAUUGAUAUUUGCCAAUCUUUGGUCAGCAUUGCCGCCCCAUUGGAAGAAGUCGUGGACUUUUUGGUUCAAGAAGAUAGUGGGCUCUAAUUAAACUGACAAUAAGCUAUCAAAAGGUAGAUGCCUACCGGUACCUUC